AUGAGUAUCGCCGUUGCGCUGCUGGCGGGUCUUGCCACCAUUGUGAACGGAUGGACUUCGGACAGCAACUGUAAGCCUUCUGUGUCGGCAUCAAUGGUACAACUUCACUCCACAAGUCAACAGGGUCGUGAGCAGCAAGAUAUCCAUGGGCAGCAACCUGCAGUAUGUGCGCCGCUUGCAAACCGAGGUGUAUACUUCACCGUGAGUGUUUGUGUGGGAACUCCACCACAAUGCUUCGAUGCAGUUGCUGACACCGGCAGUGACAAUGUGAUCAUAACCUCUUGUGUUUGCGAUGAUCUUAUUGGGACAGGUUGCGAUGCAGAUGCAAAGUGUUUUACAGGAACUAACAAGUCGACAACAUUCCAUGUUGCAGAGGAUCCUGUGGUGGAGUUCAUUACCUUUGGCAGUGGCACGGUCGAAACAGCAAUUGCCACGGAUAUUGUUGACGUUGGGGGCAUCAGAGCAAACAUGUCAAAUGGGUUACUGCUAAUCGUCAACAAGGCUCAACUUGAGAUCUCCGGCGAUUUUCAAGGCAUUCUGGGACUUGGCCUCCCCAAGACAGGGACCACCUCUUCUGGCACAGUCAUGGAGCAGGAGUCUGCAAGUGGACUCUCCACCUCCGCCUCAAUCAAAAGACCAAGCGGGGCUUGCAUACUUUUCCCCAAAAUUUGUGAUGGCAAUGAGUUCAAUCAAUCGUAUCGGGCAACGAGGCAAAGAAAUCGCGUCAAGGACGAGCAGCUGUUCCUCCGAGCUGCUCGUGUCAGACGUUUUUCUUUGUGCUUCCUAGAUUCCGGGAAACCUGGUGCAUUGCGGUUGGGCGUCGCCCCCUUCGAGCGCCCAAUCCCACAGAUUGGCCAGCAGCACUGGGGCGUUAGCUUUGUUGGUAUGUCAGUUGGCCCUCGAAAUCACGCUGCACCUUCGCAGAUGAUCUUCUGUGGGCAAGAUCAGAAGACAGCUGGAAUGAGUAGCCCAUGUGGGAUUAUUCCUGAUUCUGGAACAACGUUGAUUACGGGGCCGCCACAGCAAGUAAAAACGCUGGAAACCACAAUCUGCCAAGAAUGGGCCAGGUGCCGUGAACUAGGGAAUCCUAGUUCUACUUUGUUUCAGGACUUGCUUUUGAAUUGUUCAAGCUGGUUAUCAGAGGGUGCUGGGCUUGCAGAAAUUCCGUCCAUCUUUUUUCAUGUAGAAGCUGGUGGUGAAGUGAAGGCAUUUGAGUUGACCUCUUGGGCCUUUGUCACUCAAUCAUUUGAUGAAGCAUACCCGGACAAGAGCUUCUGUUUCUCGGGCUUUGGUGAGAUGGACUAUGUGACAACAGACAACGGGCCUGUUUGGAUUUUCGGAACGCCCUUGUUCUAUGAGUAUGUCGUAGGCUUUGACCACAUCUCCCGUGCGGUGUCCUUUGAACAGAUGACAUGCGAGCCAUGUACAGAAAGGGCUGAUUUGAUGUCUCUUAAACCUAGAUUAUUGAAUACAAAACCACGGAUCCAGAACGAAGGGCAUCACAUACGAAAAAUCGAUGUAUCAUUGCCUUUAUGA